AUGGAAGAAGACAAAGUAUAUUUAAUCGAUGACUUUGUCACCGAAGACAUUUACCUUAUAGACCCUGAGGAUGUAGACAAGGAAAACCAAUCCCUACUAGACACUCUAAUUACCUUUGAAAAAACACAAAGUUCUGUUGAUCCAGAAAAUGGCGGAGAAAAUAAUAAUGAAGAACAUAGAGAGGACUUUAAACCCUCAAAAACACAUGUAUCCAUUGAUUGUAUUGAAUUAAGUAAAGAACACAAAAAUACACAUUCCCAAGUCAAGAAAGAAAUUAAAGAAGAAGAGGUGCAUAUCGUGGAUGAAUUGCAUGUUAAAACCGAAUUUAACAAUGAAAACCAUGAUUCUUUAUCAUCGUCAUCCAGUUCUGAUUCAGACGAUGAAAAUAAUUCGACGGUAACGGAUGAAAACAACACGAAAGCUGAACCAGAUAACAACAUUUGUAGCGUGAAAGGAAAUAAGAAGACUACAGUUAAAGAAAGUGACAAAAAAAAUGAAGCAACUAGUACAGAUGUUGAUGAUGAUGAUGACGACUACGACGAGGAUUCAUCCACGUCCGAAAAUGUUGAAAAAAACAAGAAUUUAAAAAGCAAAGAAAAUCAUGAAGUUAGGAAAUCCACAAGAAGUAGAAAAGUAACUGCCCCAAUAGUUAAAGAUAGUAGUAGCGAUGAACAAAGUGACUUUUCUGCUGAUGAAGAUUCUUCUUACACUCCUGAAGAUGAAGAAGUUAAAGGAAACAAACAUUAUCGACGAAUUAAAUCGAGAUCUAAAAUUAACGACAGUGAUGAAGAAAGUGACAAUUCUGAUGAGGGAGAUGAAAGUGAAAAUUCAUUGUGCAAUAUUAAGAAAGAAGGAAAGGAUAGUGACUUUUCUGAGGAUGAUGAUAAAAAAUCCUCGGACAAUGAGGAUGAAGAAAAAGAAGAUGAUGAAGCCAUGCUUGAGACGAAAAUCGAGGUGGAGGAUCAUGGGGUUAAUUUUAAGGAUCCAAAUAAAUCGGGGACUGAUAGUGGAGUUUCAAAUAAAGAAGACACAACAAAUACUGGCGAUAAUAGUCCUUCCAAAAGCAGAAAAAGGAACGCCGAUGAAUUUAUAAAAAAAGAAAACCGAGAGAACAUAAGCCCUCCUAGAAAGAAAAAAAGGUUAUCACUCAAAAGCGACGAAUCCGAAGGCCUUAAAUGCACGUGUCCACAUUGCCCGAAAACGUUUUUUAAAACAUAUUCAUUAAAAACGCACGUGGAAAGCCAACACGGCGAUACUUUACAAAGAAAAAAAUCCCAAUGUCCAAAUUGCGACAAACAUUUUUCUCAACCGGAAAACAUGAAGAGGCAUUUAAAUACGGUACAUAUAAAAAAUCCAGUUAUUUGUCGAUAUUGUGAUAAACGUUUACCCUCUAAGUCUGCUAGAUAUACUCAUAUUAAAGUACAUCACAAAGAGUUAAGAUACAUAUGCAAACAUUGCCCAAAAACUUUCAAGGCAAAAGUAAAUUUCGACAACCAUGUUCUAAACAAGCAUGGAGAUCUCUUAGGAAUUACAAAUAAUAAAUAUAAAUGUCCGCACUGCGACAAAAAACUUUCAUGCUAUACUAGUUUGAAAAUGCAUAUAGAUAUACAACAUAAAGGACAAGGGGAAAAACACAAAUGUCCACAGUGCGACGUAUAUUUUUCCUAUAAGGUAAACUUAAAUAGGCAUUUAAGGACGAUACACAAGCCAAAAGGCGACGGACACAAAUGUCCACAUUGUGACAAAAUACUUUCAACUGAAGAGCGUUUAAACAAGCAUAUAAAAAAUCAUCACACUAAAGCAGAAAAAAUAUAUAAAUGUUCAUGUUGUGAUAGUAAAUUCGCAUACCUAGCAUCUUUGAAAGAGCACAUAGAAACAAAACACGAUGGUUUAAAGUAUAGCUGUACACAUUGCCCAAAAACUUUAUCAUCAAGGACUGGCUUAAAAACCCACAUUAAAAACCAACAUGGCAACCCCUUACAAAAAAAGAAAUACAAAUGUCCAGAUUGCAACAGAAAAUUUUUAUCCGAAUUUAAUGUGAAUAAGCACAUACAAGAGGCACAUAAGCGGCAAAGCAAUAAAUACAAAUGUCCACAUUGUAACGAAAUACGUAAAACUGAAAAGGGUUUAAACAGGCAUAUAGAAAAACAACAUACUAAUAAAGCAGAAACAUAUAAAUGUCCAAUUUGUUGCAAAGACUUCUUAAAACAACAUAGUAUGAAAGGUCACCUAAGGAGAAUGCACAGUGGUCUAAAAUAUAGCUGUACAUUUUGCCCAAAAAUUGUCACUGCAAAGUGUAACUUAAAAUAUCAUGUGCACAUUAAACACCGUCAUGUCGAUCCUUUAACAAGACCAAAGUUUAAAUGUCCACAUUGCGACAAAAUGUUUUCUAGUGCAAGUAGUAAGCAAAGGCAUGUUAAAAUACAACACACAUCGUAUGUUAAAUACAGUUGUAAGCAUUGCCAAAAAGAGUUCAAAAGAAGUGAUCAGGUAAAACGUCACAUUCAAACCCAACACGGCGAUCCAUUGCAAAGAAAGAAAUGCCCACAUUGCGAACAAACCUUCAAAAGAAAUGAUACUUUAAAAUGCCACAUUCAAACUCAACAUGGCGAUCCCUUGCAAAGAAAAACAUACCAAUGUCCACAUUGCCCAAAAGCCUUUAGAUCUAAUAAUUAUUUAAAAUUCCACGUUCAAAACAAGCAUGACUUACAAACAUAA